GCGUGUGUAGACUGUAGAUCGCUUGUGAGCUCUGCGACGUCAAGAAACGCGGCGGCGGCGCGGUGCGGCUGCGGAGGGAAAAGAGGAGGAGAUGAUAGGGUGGGGCGACGUGUACAAGGUGGUGGCGGCCAUGGCGCCGCUCUACUUCGCGCUGGGGCUCGGCUACGGCUCGGUGCGGUGGUGGAAGCUCUUCACGCCGGACCAGUGCGACGCCGUGAACCGCCUCGUGACCUACUUCGCCGUGCCCUUCUUCUCCUUCGACUUCGCCGCGCGCAUCGACCCCUUCGCGCUCAGCUAUCGCGUCCUGGCCGCCGACAACCUGGCCAAGCUCGUCGUCGCACUCGCACUCGCCGCCUGGGCCGCCGCCGCCGCGACCGCGUCCGCGCGCCGCGGCGCCAGCAAGGACAGGGCCUUCUCGUGUUGCAUCACCGGCUUCUCGCUGGCCGCUCUCAACAACACGCUCGUCGUUGGCGUGCCGCUGCUGGACGCCAUGUACGGCAAGUGGGCGCGCGACCUCAUCGUGCAGAUAUCCGUGGUGCAGACCAUCGUGUACUUCCCGAUCCUGCUGCUGGCGUUCGAGGCGAGGCGCGCCUGGGGAGCCGGGAAGCCGGCCGCGGCGGAGGAAUUAGGAGACGUGGAUGAAAUCGGCGGCGGCGACGAGACAGCGGCGCGGUCGUUCUGGCCGCUGGUUAGAGCGGUCUGGAUCAAAGUUGCGAGGAACCCGAACGUCUACGCGGGCGUUCUCGGCGUUGCGUGGGCUUGCGUCACAAACAGGUGGCACGUCGAGACGCCGAGCAUCAUCGAGGGCUCGGUGCUCAUCAUGUCCAAGACCGGCGUUGGACUCGCCAUGUUUAGCAUGGGACUGUUCAUGGCGCUGCAGGAGAAGAUCAUUGCCUGCGGCGCCGGGCCGACCGUGCUCGGCAUGGCGCUGCGCUUCGUCGCCGGGCCGGCGACCACCGCCGUCGGAGCAGUAGCUCUCGGGCUCCGUGGCGACGUUCUACGACUCGCUAUCAUACAGGCUGCCCUUCCUCAGUCCAUCACCACGUUCGUGUUCUUGAGGGAGUACGGGCUCCACGCUGACAUACUCAGCACUGCGGUUAUAUUUGGGACAUUGGCAUCGUUGCCCGUGCUAAUCGUGUAUUUCAUUGUUCUGGGCCUCAUACGAUGUUAGUCUUAAUUUCUGUCUCAGAGGGAUUUGUAAUGCAACUAGCAUGACCUUUUAUGUGGAUGUAGAGGAGCUACUUGUACGUCUGCUCUUCUGUAAACAAAUAGAGUAGCUAUUUGAGCUUGUACUUUGCUCUUCUAUAACUGUAAAUAAUGGCCAUUGUGUCUUUGAUGAGGAUAACAACAGUGACAUCUCAAAAGAGCAGCAAAGUUAAACAUUUUCUGACCACUACAGAACAUUUGUUUUUGAACAAUCAAGUACUUAGCCACUUAGGUCAAUUAUCAGGCGAGAGUGGAAGAAGAACCACAUGCCGCAUUUCUCCACCUGAAUCCUAUUGGACAGGCAGCAUCUGAAGACCUUAGGCAUCUAAAAAAAAUUCACCCUAGAUGAUCGAAACUAGGCGCCAAAAUCUAUCGACGGAUCAGCACUACAGAAGCUUCAUCUCUGUUCAGAUCGGGCCCGAACAGCCGAUCUAGCGCAACACGCAUCGUUGACGAGUGACUGACACGGCACUCGAUCUCCAUUUCCUCCAGAUUGUCGCUGACAUGGAAAAACUUUCAGCUUCAAGACAUCAUGAAGAAAGCAGAAAGGAACCAACCAGUGGCAUCCUUCGGUUCAUGCAUACCAAGUGAGCAGCUUCGGCCAGGGGUGUCCGGUGAAUCAUCCUCCGAUCUAGCCUGGACGGUCUACAUUUUUCUCUUCCUGUUCCUCCAUGAAACGAUCCGGAACGGCCAAACAGUCCACGACGUCAUGUUGAAUCGUGAUUGUUUGGGAACCUAUCUGUCGAUCACAACCCUCAUCGCGUACUUGAAUAUAUUCCUUCAAGAUGGACUGAUGGAGUAGAUGGCCGGAUUCUGUGGCGAUGGACAGGGAACCUAGUGCUUCAAUCUUGUUGCAGGUUGUAAUCUUCGCAGGAUUUUAUUUUUGUAUAUAUUAGGGUUGUCGACGUUCAUCGCCGUCUGCGGUUGUCUUCUUUUCAAUGACAAGCAAGGUCUGGCGAGUUC